UGCAGGUUUAGGAGGAGAUACCUGAACAAACACGAUGAUUGAGUUACCUUAGAGACCUUUUCAGAAACAAACAGGCUUUUUAGAGUGACAUCAAACAGAUGCUUGAAAUUCCUGCUGUGAUUGCUCGCUGUGUUUGUCGUCUUCCUGCCGGACCCUGCACCCCUCCCCUCACUCCAGGUGCUAUAAAGCAUCUGAGUACAAAGUGUGCUUUACUCUUCUCUGCAUCCCGAGCAGCAGCACUCCUCCACCAUGACCUCCUACGCUCGCUUCUCCUCCAGCAACCGCCUAGGCUCCAUGAGGGCCCCCAGCGUGUACGGUGGCGCCGGGGGGUCCGGGGUCCGCAUCUCCAGCAGUGCUCCCAGGAGCUUCUCCUCGGCCGGAGCAGGGUUUUCCACCGGAGCCCGGUCAGGGUUUUCCUUCGGAGCCGGGUCAGGCUUCAACCUGAAAGACGCCAUAGAUGUAAAUGACAACAACAAGAAGGCCACCAUGACCAACCUGAACGAGCGCCUGGCCACAUACCUGGACAAGGUGCGCAUCCUGGAGAAGGCCAACGGAGAGCUGGAGCUGAAGAUCAGACAGUUCCUGGAUAACAAGACCAAACCCGAAGGCCACGACUGCUCCGGCUUCAAGGCAGCCAUCAGCGACAUGCAGGACCAGAUCCUUUACGCCACCACAACAAAUGGAUCUCUGUACCUGGCCAUCGAUAAUGCCAAGCUGGCCACUGACGACUUCAGGGUCAAGUAUGAGAACGAGCUGGCCAUGCGUCAUUCGGUGGAGGGGGACAUCGGCGGGCUGAGGAGGCUCCUGGACGAGCUGACACUGGGCAGAUCGGAUCUGGAGAUGAAUAUCGAGUCUCUGCGGGAUGAACUCAUCCAGCUGAAGAAGAACCACGAGGAGGACCUGUUGGCCAUGGGCUCCCAGGUGGGGGGUCAGGUGAACGUGGAGGUGGAUGCCGCACCACAGCAGGACCUGUCUGUUGUUAUGGGUGAAAUGAGAGAACAUUACGAGACCGUGGCAAACAAGAACCGGAGAGAUCUGGAUGUCUGGUUUCAGGCCAAGUCUGAAGAACUCAAUAAGGAGGUGGCAGUGAGCACAGAGACUCUCCAGUCCUCUCGCUCCGAGAUAACGGAGGUUAAACGCACGCUGCAGGGCCUGGAGAUUGAGCUCCAAUCACAGCUCAGCAUGAAAGCGUCUCUGGAAGGGACCCUCGGUGACACACAGAACCGUUACUCCAACAUGAUGGGAGACUACCAGAACAAGGUGUUGGUCCUUGAGGGCCAGCUAGCUCAGCUCAGGUCCGACCUAGAAAGGCAGGGACACGAGUACCAGGUCCUGCUGGACACCAAGACCCGGCUGGAGAUGGAGAUCUCCGAGUACAGGAGGCUGCUGGACGGAGAGUUGUUCAGCCCGCCGGCCACCAAAAAAAACCAGAAAGUGUUGAUCAUCACCAAAGAGUACACUGACGAUGAAGAGGUCAGCUCUGAAACCCAGGAGGUUUGAGACAACAAACAUCUGUCAACACCAAGCAAACCGUUCCAGAAAACACAAAUAAAAUACU